UCUUCAAUUGACUCCAACAACUAUGACGACCAAAGCUGAAUAACGAUGGCGUUCAUCCUGCUGCAACUACUAGUGCUCGCUCAGUCUUCGCUCUGCGUCGCACUCAGCCAGCAUGGGUGGACACGAGUUCGCAAAGCUUCAGCCGAUGCUUCCAUCUCAUUGCAUAUCGGCAUCAAGACCACAGAAGGACAGAAUAUCCUUGAACAGCGAUGUUCGGAGAUCGCGACGCCUGGGAACUCUCACUAUCGUCAGCAUUUGUCCACAGACGACAUACAAACAUUGCUUGCUCCGACGCAGUCAACGACAGACAACAUCCUAUCCUGGCUGUUCAGCAAUGGAGACCAUUCAAGCACAACUCAGCGCGGCAACGUCAUUGAGGUCGCGACAACUAUUCGAAAAGCCGAACAACUCCUGAACACUACGUACAACGUAUACACCGAUGGUGUAAGGGAGAUCGUUCGAUCCGACGAGAUCAAUCUGCCACAAGUCAUGCGACCUCGUAUCGACUUCAUCUCGCCGACUGAUUCAUUCCCUGAGCCUAUGAAGGAUACAGCCCGGCCAAAGGACAUACUGAAAAGACAGUUAACUGGACCCGGGAAAUGUAGUGCCGAGGACUACACCGCGCCAAUUUGCAUUCGCUCCGUCUACAACAUUACAUACACGGCGCAACCCAAUCGCACGACGUUCGCAGUGUAUGCCACCGAAGCCGCAGUCUUCCAUCCUAAUGAUCUACAGCAAUAUCUGGAGACAUUCAACAAGCCGGCUGGAGAUGCUCGCGCUCAGAUGGAUGUCAUCGGUUCUGGCGACCCGGUAAAUGGCCCAUCCGGAAUAGAGAGCGGCAUCGAGACGGCCUUGGGUACUCAGACAAUCUUUGGCCUGGCUUGGCCAGCCAAAGGUACACUGUACAAUCUAGGAGGCGUGUUUGGGCCAGACAUUGGCACGACCUAUGAUCCCUUCGUCCGCUUCCUGCAAGAUCUUAUGCACAACGAAACUGUGCCCUCAGUCGUGGUCUUCACUGAAAGCGUCGCCGAGGACAGAAUAAACGAGGACUACGCUCGAAGCCUCUGCACAAUGUUCCAAACCAUCGGAGCCCGCGGCGUCAGCCUGAUCUUCAGCUCGGGCAACAACGGCGCUCAAGGCGACCAGCCCACUGUAGAACACAAACAUGUGUUCUCACCAAAAUUCCCAGCAUCAUGCCCUUAUGUGACAAGCGUCGGCGGCACGACCGAUCUCUCCUCCGAAACCGCAGCCACAAAAGACACCAUCAAGGGCGUGCUCAACCAAGCCGGCUUCACCGCUUCGGGAGGUGGCUUCUCCAACUACUUCCCCCGCCCUUCCUACCAAGACAAAGUCGUACCGAGCUACAUCUCCUCCCACGUUCCCGAAUCCUACCAGAGCAAGUCGGGCUACAACGCCUCCGGCCGCGGCAUCCCCGACGUCAGCGCCUUUUCCACCAACGCUCCUGUAAUGUACAAUAACCUAACCCUCGGCAUCGCUGGGACCAGCGCAGCUGCUCCCCGAUGGGGUGCGGUGAUCACUCUUCUCAACGACUAUGAAGCUUCCAAGGGUCGACCUCCAUUGGGUUUCCUUAACCCGUGGCUGUACUCUUUGUCGAACGGCGCGCUCAAGGAUAUUACGACGGGUGGCAGUAAUGCGGGGGAUUGUAAGCCGCUUUCGAAUUGUACGUUGUCGGAGACGCCGGGGUAUGAUGUCUCUGAGGGAUGGGAUGCGGUUACUGGGUUGGGAUCGCCGGUUUUCAAUAAGCUCAUUGAGGCGCUGGAUGCUCAAGCUGGGAACUCUUCUGGCGGGAAUGGGACGGCGAAUGGGAGCAAGGGCGGCGCCGGGCAAGUAGGCGUCAGCAGCUUGGGGUUUGCUCUGCUGGCUCUUGUAAUGUUCUAUGUGCAAUGA